AUGGGUGGAGUUCACUACGGUAUCUUCAUUUUUGUUCCAUUUAUUUUUUGCUCACCAUGGCUGGCAAAAAAUCCAACAAAGUUCUCGAAGUCCAAAUCUCAUCGGUGAGUUUUUUUUUAUUAAUAAAAUUAAAAAUCACAAUAAAAACUUAUUUUAUUUUUCAGAGAAAAGAAAUCGUCAACUGAAACACAGGAGGCUGCAAUUUUCCAAGAAAAAGUUGAUCAACUCAAUGCCGGAGAUUGUAAGAAAAAAAGGACUGCUGCUAAAAGGUAAAUCUAAUCAUUUCGAGAAAAAGUAACAUUUAGCAAAUCUCAAAAUUUCAGACGUGAAAGCGAUGAAAAAGACAAUAGUUCAGCAAACAAGCCAAGAAAUAUUGCGAAAAAAUCAAAAGAAGAUUCUAGAGAUAAGAGAAGAUGUGCAGCUGCUGGAAAAAAGAAAGUGGAACUAAAUCUCAAUCUUCCUGAAACCGAAAGCACCCCAAAUCUGGAAAGACUAACUGUCUCUGGAAACAGUUAUCCACAAGAUCUUUUUCUAGCACCAUUUAAUUUUUCUUAUUUUCCUAUUCUUCCCGAAUCUAUUGAUUAUUUGCUUGAAUUGCCUGCUUUCCGAGAAACUCUUCAGACUGAUGUUGUGACUCUUUUCUAA